AUGUCGAAACCCCACCUCCCUAACGAUGAGUUUUUCUCCUUCUUAGAGACUCUCCUCGUAAAGCAGUCAGCCGCUUCCCGCGGCUCGGUAUUCCUUACACAGAAACCACUCCAGCCGGAAACCACAAGUAAAGACGAAUCGUCAACUACAGAGUCGAAUCCACCAAUGAUCCUUGUCCGAGCAUCGAACGGCGAGCACAAAGAUUCAAAGGUCAAGGCUUACACAGUUGUGAAACCGGAGGAGGUCGAAGCGUUUUAUCGCCGGUAUGCGGAUAUAUGCAAAGCUGGCAUGGUUGGCUUGAAGAAGAGGGACCGCAGCGCAAAGAAGAAGGGUAAAGCCAAGGGGAAGAAAUAA